AUGAAGACGGGCGGACCCGGUUUAAAACCUGAUUCAGGUCCCUGCGAGGGCCAGUUUGUCUUGAGGACGCCGAGCAUCACACAAAGGCUCUUGGUGUUCCGCAAGAGUCCAUCUCGGACCUCUGAGCAAAGACGAGUCAUGGCUGGCCCGAGGAGGAGCGCCGGCUUCGCCGCCCUGCUGGUUGCCGGCACGCUCGCCGCCGUUGUCAUCGUGAUGCCAAUGGCAGAAAGCCUCCGGGAGAAGGCGGCGGCGGGGGCGGACCAACGGAGGCUGAUCCGCAACCGCAGAAACAUCAGUUGGUACAAGCAACACUCAGACUUCUGGAACUGGUACAAGUACUUCACCGAUAACGGCAACCAGGAGGCGGUUCAGGAGCUGGACCGCAUCUACCUGUCCUACCUCCAGAACAAGAACCGCGCCGAGGGCCGUCGUUCAUACAAGGCAUACUUGCGCCACCUGGGAGAGAUCUACAAGUCGUGCGCCGACUCUGACGACCCCAACUGCGUGGCCUCAUACACCAGCAGGCCGAAGCCCGAGCCCCCCAAGCCGGCGCCCCUCAAAAGCUGCGACCCAACCAAGGACCCCUACUGCCUUUACGCAGCCAUGAGAGCCGGAAAGAGCCCCUACCUACCACUGGUUCUGCCCGCUGCCCCUGCUCCGCCCCCUGCCCCCGUGAAGUCACCCGCUCCUCUAUUUGCACGCUCCGCUGCCCCAGCCAAAGAUCCUCAGGCGGGUUACUACUACUAUGCACCGUCGGCAGUUUCUUUCCUCUCUAAGGAGCAGAAGGCGGAGCUUCUUCGCAUCUGCAAUGCCGAAGACGUAGAGUGUCUUCAGUACCACCUGCGAGCCGCCUACGGGUACUCGCCCUCUGCUGGGAGCCCACCGGCGGCGCUAGCCCACCUCGGUUGCGACCCCAAGGUGGACCCGACCUGCAAACCCCAGCCGGUUCGGAAGGCCCCCUCCGGCCUUUACUUGCAGUACCCCACCUGCGACCCCCUCAGGGACCCGUACUGCGCCUAUGCCGCCUCCUUAGCGCCCCGGGCCCCCAACCCUCCGGCACCAGCCGGCCCCGGAUCCUGCAACCCCAUUUUCGAGGACGGUUGCAACCCGCUGACGGCCACCAAAUACGCCACGCCCCCUGAGGCGUACACGCAGAAACAAAGCGAGGAGGCAGCCGCCCUCCGUGCACCCCCUCCCGCAUCUAACGAUCCCUACUCCGCCAUGCGAGAUGCCACAAUGCGACACCGCGCCCCUUCGCCGUUCUCUCCACCUACUUAUGAGGAGACCUCCCGGGAGGAGCGCCACCCCCUGGGACCACCCGGUAAAACCAAAGAGGGCUACGACUGCUUUAUCGGCUACGACCGCGAGUGCUUCCCGUUGCGACAGUCGGAGCCUCGUUCGGGCGCGCACCGCCGCGUUCCCUACCCUGCCGAGGCCUACGAGCCCCACCUGAAGGCCGACGGCACCCGCGACGGCGUGAUGGAGCCGGCUGACCCGCACUGCGACCCCGAAUACGACCGUGACUGCCGCUUACGCCGCUUUGAAGCCGAGCAGCUGGAAGCGACGCCGGAACCGCCCCCCGCCGACGACGGGCGGGACCUUUACGAGGCGGAACUCGCCCAGAGCGGUCACGAAGAGCCCCGCGUGUCCAACCAGCCGCCGCCCCCACAGGGGAUGCCCAGCCUCCAGGACAUACUGCAGCGCUACGGCGACCAGUUCCCCGAGCACGAUGACUACCGCAAGAAAUAA